AUGGAUUUCUUGAAGAAUCUGAUGGCGUCCCCUCCGCCGGUACCUCCUCCAGAGCCCAAGGUCGUGGUGACCAAACCAAUCCAUCCCUAUUAUCCCACCGAGAUUGAAAUCGUCAACUUCGCCGCCAACGAAAUGUCUGUCCCCGAGUUAUUAGCCACCUUUGCGACCGGUUGCACAAUCAUCCUCUCGCUCACAUGGUUCCUUACCUCGAGUCUCGCACCACGUCUGAGGGUUGUGGACAAGGUCAUUGCGCUGUGGUUUUGUUUGUGCGGCUUCAUCCACUUGUUUUUCGAAGGCUACUUCGCCUACAAUCACACUCGCAUGGGCGGUCUCCAAGACCUUUUCGGUCAAUUGUGGAAGGAAUAUUCGUUGUCAGAUUCGCGCUAUCUGACCUCGGAUCCCUUUGUCUUGUGCAUGGAGACCAUCACGGCGGUCUUCUGGGGUCCCCUUUCCUUCUUGAUGGUGUACUUCAUCAUCACCUCCCACCCGCUGCGUUAUCCACUUCAGGCAACCGUUUCGCUCGGACAGAUCUAUGGCGACGUUCUAUACUACGCAACCUCCAUGUUCGAUCAUUACCACAAAAAUUUGACCUAUUGCCGACCGGAGCCGUACUAUUUCUGGUGCUAUUAUUUCCUUAUGAACUUCUUCUGGAUUGUCAUUCCAGCACUCCUACUUGCAAGUAGUCUGCGUAUCACGGCCAAAGCUUUCAAAGCGCUCGAUCGGAUAUCGCACUCACUGCAAGGAAAUAGCACAUUGACUAGACCGAAAGCCAACGGCCAUAUCAAACAUGCAUGA